AUUUCAUCAUAGCUACUUCAGCAGACACCAGUAACAGUCACACAGAGGACUGAAGCAGUGAAGACUUGAGGGGCAUUGCUGUUUGUUUCCUGUGGAGAAUGGCUCUGUUCACGACAAGCAUCCCUACUAAUUUGACUUCAUUGACUGAAGAUGGAGACAAAACAAAUAUCCAUAAUUGCUCGUAUGAAUCUGUCAACUGGACCUACACUUUAGUCCCAGUGUAUGUCAUGUCCAUCUCAGUGCUGGGAAUUGCACUGAACAUCUUUGUUCUGAUGGUUUUCAUCCUCCACAAGAAGCCCUGCACCGUGGCUGAGAUCUACCUGACCAACCUGGCAGCUGCUGACCUGGUUCUGGUCUCCUUUUUGCCCUUCUGGGCUGUCAGUGCUUGGAAUAAGCAUAAGUGGAUUUUUGGUCGUGCCUUAUGCAAAAUGGUCAACGUGGGCAUUCUGAUGAACGUCUACUGCAGCAUCUACUUCCUGGUUUUGGUCAGCAUAGAUCGGUAUUUGGCUCUGGUCCACCCGCUGUCCCAUGAAACAAUGCGUCGGCCAAAAUUUGCUAAAAUUGGUUGCGUCCUGGUUUGGAUUCUGGGGUUCCUUCUUAGUAUUCCAAAACUUAUCAACAGGGAAUUGGCACCUGAUGGAAAUGUUACAAAAUGUAUUGAAAAUGAUACAAAUAUGUAUCUCGUAAAUGAGUUGAUGAUUUCUGUGUUUGCAUUCUUCAUUCCCAUUUUAAUUAUCACCUUCAGCACGCUCAAGAUUCUCAAAACUCUGACAAGCAGGUUCUGGAUAGACGGAAAUUUAAAGCAAACGGAUCACAAGGCUACCAUUUUGGUUCUGGCUGUCCUGCUGGCGUUUCUGAUCUGUUGGGUUCCAUUCCAUCUCCUCAAGAUACCAGCCCUGCUCAGUCAUGUUGGUAUUCUGACAGGCUGUAGCUCUAAAACAAUUCUGUACAUCUGUGGGCAGAUCUUCACCUACUUAGGAUUCUUCAACAGUGUCCUCAACCCCAUUCUCUACGUCAUUGUUGGGAAAAACUUUCAGAAGAAAUUUAAGGAGGUCUUUGGGCAGUGGGACCAAAAACGGACUUCAACCAUAAGCUUCAACUCCGCAAGCACAAAGCUGUCAAGAAGUAUUAAAUCCCAGAUACCGUUGACCUGAUGUGCCUGCAGCUCACUUACUAUGUGCAACUUUCUUAAUUCUGGCAUGUAUUUAAACAGCUUUUAAAUAUGACCUUUAAGUCUAAUUGGUUUAUCCACAUUUUUGUUGGUUUCUGUGUCAUGAAACAAUUAGUUUUAUCAAGUAUUAUAACCAAACCUUUAAAAAAGCCGCCUUGCUGUUUGGCAGCCAUCAGUGAUUUCUUUCUGAGCAGUAAUCAGAACUCAUGUAAGAAUACAGAAAUUUCAUGUCUGAAAGGACUUGCCAUAAAACAGCAGCAAUACCUGACAGACUGCAACGGAGCGAGCAAGGACUCUUCUCAGCCUCAAAAAUAACUCUGCUCUGUUGGGAGUAAAACUUUCUAUUUCCCUCCACGUCAAAGAGAUUCAAUGUGGCUGGAGAAGAGAUCUUCAUCCAGACAGUUUAACUUAAUGGUUUCCAAAAGCUUCUUUAGGAAAACAAACUCUAAAAACAGUUUGUACAUUUAGCUCCAGUAUGAUGAUUCAAAAUAAUUACAGCUCCAUCAUUUUUCUAAAACUGGUGUAUUCUUAAGUUAGAGCUGAUGAACUGAAAAAAACUAAUUGCAAACAAAAACAUAUUGAGUUAAAGUAGCUAAUAAUAAAAAUCUAAAGGAAAAAUACUGUCAAAAGAAAAGGGUAUAAAACUACAGAGCAAACAGCAGCAGGUGAGCUGUCAGAGCGGAAAUAAUCACUUUAAACCUUAAAAUCUGAGCAAGAAUAAAAAUAAAACGUGUUAGUGUGUGGUUUCCUUUAUCACUAAAACUAAGUUUUUAUGAGAUCUUCAGCGAGGAUAGGAAAUAAGAAGAAAACAGAUGCAACACCACAAGCUCUAAACAGCUGAUCAUGAGGAAAAGGUUUGACACAUUUCCUCACAGCCAUGUUAAAUAACAUCUACGUCACCUGUUCAUUUUACUGUUAAAUAACUCAAAAUUAUGUUGCAGUCAAAUAAAAAAAACAAAUUUUUUUUGGCGUUCCCAGGCCAGCCGAGAGACAUAGUCCCUCCAGCGUGUCCUGGGCCGACCCCUGGGCCUCCUCCCGGUGGGACGUGCCUGGAACACCUCCAGAGGAAGCCGUCCAGGAGGCAUCCGGUAUAGAUGCCUUGAACAUUUGAACUUUUGGUUUUAAAUCCUCCUAAGGUUUUUUUUCCAGGCCUGAACUCUCCUUUACACACUCACAUUAAUUAGUUAGUCACUAAUAACUGGCCUUAUAAUUUCUUGUGUAUAUUUUGUUUUGAAGCAUGAAACUGUAAUAUUAAGAUGGAGAUUUUUUGUAUUUUCUGUUUCCUUUUUCCACUGUAUAAUUAUCUUCAUCACAUUUAUGUAUUGUAUGUGCAAAACUGAAAGUCAAACAAUGAAAAUAUGUUUGUAUAAGUACAUAUUGUAUGGGCAGAUCAGCUGGAAUAAAGGGUGUCAUCCUUUCACAUCCGAAGCAGCUCUGUGUUACCACAUCCUGUUAAUAUUUCAGACCAUUUCACAGGAUGUGACUCCAGUUACAGAAAUGACAUCCAACCAUGAAAACUAUCAGAGCUGUUUGAUUAGAAAUGCUUUCAGGCGAACAUAGAAAUAAAUCUAAAUUAAAUAGCAUUACCACAUGUUUUAUAAUUAUCGAAAUAAUGAACGAAAAUGAAGAUAAUGGAUGCAAUCAGCCAAAGAGACAGAAGUAGAUCUUCUGUAACUGUAACAGUCCAAUUACAGCUUUCUCAUGGAUGCAUAUUUCAUGUGUAUAUUUGCUUGACUGUUGUUUGAUGUUGGAUCUGUGUUCGUUUAUCCAAACAAUAUAAAGAAAGUCUGUAUGGGAACUUGUUGCACUUCUGACCGAAAAACAUUCUCUCUGCUAAGCAUGAAAUGGAGCUUUGUGCACCAUUCACUUGUAAACUGGUGGUUCUGCAGGUUUCUCUUCACAUUCACCUGAUUCACUGGCACCAUCUCUGUAGGCAAUGAAACCACUUCCUUUUUCCUGUGGAAACCUUGGUGUAAUAACAUUUACAUAACAACUUGGUUGACAUUAAUCUUGAUACAUAGAAACCGGUGAUCCUUGCAGAUCAAGAUGUAAUUACUGUUUAAGCAUGUUUUUAAAUGUGUCUCUUUGCAGAAGAUUGAGUGAAGAAUGUAAUAUGACCAUGUUGUAAUAACUUUGAUCAGUUUGGUUAAUCCUUCUGUAAAUAUAGUAUAUUUCUGGUGAAAUGUAGCCCGUUGGCAGCUCACCAGCUGGAUGAUGUUAGAUGAUGCAAGCAGGCUCUGCCUCUUAUAGUGGUGUCAGUUUUUCCGUGUAUUUUUCUUUAGAAAGUGAAUUUUACAAGUUGUCAAUUAUUCCACCUUUACAUAUGUUUUAGAAAUAUAACAAGUGACAAGUCAAUAAACUGCAUCUUUACACCUGUUA